AUGGACGAUGAUAACUUUGAUAUAAUUCGGGCCCAGUCUCCAAAAUCAUACUUGUACACAUCUGUUGCUUUGGCUCAUCUAGGAGAAGUUGCAUCAAAGAUCAUUUCAACACUAAUUGCCCAUGGCCGCCAAACAGCCAAAGAGUUGGGUCAGCGCACUCGACUUACUUUGAAAUCGAUCAAGUCGGCACUUGUUUCAUUGAUUCAACUAGGCUGUGUUUAUUUUUGGCAAGAGAAGGAUAUCAUUUACUACUCAUUUAAUGAAACUGGCUUGAAGAUAUUGAUCAAUAGUGGUGACAUACUAAACCACGUUACUCAAGAAUAUGGUGAAGAAGAAGCGGAAACAAUACAAAAUGUUUUGCAACUAGGCCAUAUCAAAUUGGACGACUAUCUCAAACAAUUUGAUCAAGACAAACCACAGCGAUUAAACAAGGAAAAGAUUAUUCUUAAAUUAUUCAAUGACGGGUGGUUAAAAGUGCUACGCAUCUUUGAUUAUCAUGACAUGAACGACAUCUGGAAUCAAUUAUUCGAAGAUACGCUAAAGAAAACUCCUCGAUCAGCAACUACUUCCGAAAUCAAACGAGUGGCUGAAGUAACGUCCAAUUGUAAAGAGAAAUUAUUACAGCUCAUUGAAACUCAACCAGCUUCCGACUUGUACAUCAACGAGCAUGGAUUUAAAAAAUUGAACCCCAAUUUAGUAUUAAGCUUCAACCUUUCUCGUUUUCAAAAACAUUCACGUACAAAAACAUAUGCCAAUUUGGCCAAAUCAAGAAUUGGUGUACUUUCAGCAAAAGUCUUUGAAGCCGGAUUGAAAUCUAUUGAAAGCAAUACCCCUGACUUGACGCAUCCGUUUAUUGAAAUUGAUGGGUUGUUGAAUAACCCGGGCGACGUUGAAGAUUUCAAACACAGUCAAGAAAGUAGCUUAGUAGCAGAAAAGAAGAUUAUUUUCACCGCCAAGGAUGUGUUGAGACAUCUACCUAAAGUUUUGGAUCUACGCGACUCGGUAAUUUCCAACACACUGGGGUCCAGUAUCAAGAGGGAGUUCCCGGAUGAUGAAAAUGGCGAUGGUGGACCUACAAAAAAGUUAAAACUUGAAAAUGGACACAGUGCAACUACAUCAUCCACCUUGGACUCCGAUGAUGAUGAUCAAAAAUUACGCUUUAUUCAACAGCACUUGCAACUUCUUGCUUCUGGUACCAAUACCAAAUUCAUUAUCGAAGUAUCACCUGGCCGUUACACUGUAUCCUUUUUCCACCUUUCCCAAGCGGUCAAACAGUUUACCUACGAAGCCCUCAUCAAAGCCACCAUGAAGGAUGAUGCGUUCCGAGUCCUUCGAUGCAUCAAACAAUUACGCUUGGCUGAUGAAAAAUCGAUUGCCCAGGCAGUUCUUCUCAAGGAGAAAACAGUACGAAGUGAAGUUUAUCACCUUGUUAGGGCCAACAUUGUCGAACUUCAAGAGGUUCCUCGUAGUGCCGAUCGUGCUGCUUCAAAGACAUUUUAUCUAUUCCGAUACAAGCAACAGCCAUGCUAUGACCACUUGGUCAAUAGUUUGAUCUUUGAUAUGGGUGAGAUUCUAACCAUUAUCAACACAUUUGAACAAGAGAAUAAAAUCCUUUUGGACAAGUGCCAACGUGUUGACGUUCAAGGCCAUGAAGAGGAGUACUUGAUUGAGUCGGAAUUGAAGACAUUGCAUAGCUUGCAGAAUAGAAAAAUCAAAAAUACAGUCAGAUUCAACCGAAUCAAAUCCUUGUGGGAUGUCUAUAGUUUGUAA